AUGUCUACCAUCACCCCCUCCCAAUUUGCCGCCCUCCAUCCCGUGCACCACCUCAUCCUCGACGACCUCAUCGCCUCUGCCCCUCUCUCCGUCCUCACUCUCUGUUCUCCCGUGCACCGACGAACGCUCCCCGUGCUAUAUGCCGAUAUCUGCGCUUUGCCUGCCGUAUUCAACGGCCUGCGGCUGAAGGAAGGGUACGAGAGAACAGUCGAAGCUCUCAAAAGCACCAAGACGAUCAGAGUCCGGGACUUUACCAGUAUCGAGGCCCUUUAUUCUCUCGCCGGUGCAGAGCGCGAACAAGUAUCUGCAACAUCUCCUUCAUCCCCUGCCAACAAUUCUCAUCCUUACCCCCGCCGAUACACCAAUAUCUUCCCCAGCCUCGAUAGUCUCGAGCUUGAGCUCCCUGCGCUGGAGGUACAAGACGACAACGAUCUAAUACGAGCGACAUAUCAUAGCUACCUCGAGCUGCGCGAAUCCCUUGAGCGCCCUCCAGAACAACUACCGAAUGGUGUCCAGAAGAUUGUCUUCCAUCCGGACGACGACGGUGGAUCCGAUUAUUGGUACGAGGUCUGCCAACAUCUUCUGUACCAACGCCCGCGCGAAGCCAUCAUCCUCGUCAAAGCGACCAUCUCGGUAGCAGUUGGUUUAAAGCCAUGGAGGAUAUUUAAUACAAUGGGGUUUAACCUGCCUACGGAGUGGCCCAACGCCGAGCGUCUGACGGUUCUCGUCGACACCGAUGAACCCCUGGACCAGAACGAUCGAAGUCAAGUGCAACGUUACGUGAUCUCCUUGGAGAGAACGAUGUCAGAGUAUGCCCGACGUCUUACCUGGCGCGUCAAUCUUAGGCAAGAGAACCGGACGUUAGCAGACGAAGAUGUGGAGAUGAGAUUGGUCAAUCAUGUCGAAAUCCACAUGCUCCUUCUUGGGCGAGUGCUCGAGAAGAUGUCUGAAAAGGAGCGAGAGCAGGUGUAUCAGCUCUUGAGCGAUGGGAGAUUGGUAGUGAGUGAUCGUGAAGAGUCGCUGGCGGAUGGUAUGUAUUUGAUGAAUUGA